CCGAGCUGCAGGGCUCCGCCAGGCAGGCGCUGGCGGCUCCUUGGCGCUUCCUGCCACGCCGGGCCUGCUUGCACAGCGCCAGCUCCGCUUCUGCGAGGGCCCAGAGUCAGGUGCUGCGGGCCGGGUGAGACCGUCCCUGCUGGACUAAUCUCUUGGAACUGGUCUAAAACAAGAUGAGUCAUCCCUGUGUGUCUCUUUUGGCUCUACCUGCUCCCCAAGACGGAGCCCCAGGAAACCAGGUCCUGGCAGUCCCUCUUGAGAUGCCGGAGGCCCAGGACUUGGUGUCAUUUGAUGUUGUACCGUGGUACCUCACAGAACAGAACUGGCUGAAUCUGAGUCUGAACCUGGAGCAGCAGGCAGUGGCAUAUUCCAGGACUGUGACCUCCAUUGGAGUUCCUGUUGUGAGUCCUGCUUUGGUAUCUCACCUGUCACAAGGACAAAUUCUGUUGGUAUCAGAUCCAUCCCUCAACACAGAUCACACUAAGCACCCUGAAAGCUCCUCCGUGACCUCCCACCAGAAGAUGGCUGAAGAAGCCCAGCUGCAAGAGAUGGCGUCCAGGAGCUCCCCGAGGGCCAAUGACCCCAGCGCUGAGGUCAAACAGAAUGGGGACUCUGGGGGAAGGGGAGGGAGCCCACAAAGUCUGCCCAUAGAACACCAUUUUGCAUGUAAAGAGUGUGGGGACACCUUCCGCCUUAAAGUGCUCCUUGUUCAGCACCAGAGGGUUCACAGUGAGGAGAAGGGCUGGGAGUGUGGCGAUUGCGGGAAGGUCUUCAGGGGGGUGUCAGAAUUUAAUGAGCACAGGAAGAGCCACGCAGCUGUGGCCACUCAGCCCCAGCCUGGCCCCAGUUGGGCUCUGGGAGAUGCCUUGCAAAAAAGGGAGCAAAUGGAGAGGGAGGCAAAGCCCUUUGAGUGUGAGGAGUGCGGGAAAAGGUUUAAGAAGAACGCAGGCCUUAGUCAGCACCUGAGGGUGCACAGCAGAGAAAAGCCCUUUGAUUGUGAGGAGUGUGGGCAGUCCUUCAAAGCCAACACCAACCUCUUUCGACAUCAGAAGCUCCACAGUUCGGAAAAGCCCUUUGCGUGCAAGGCGUGCAGCAGGGAUUUCCUGGACCGCCAGGAACUACUCAAGCACCAGAGGAUGCACACGGGCCACCUGCCCUUCGACUGCGACGACUGCGGCAAGUCCUUCCGUGGUGUCAACGGCCUGGCAGAGCACCAGCGCAUCCACAGCGGCGCCAAACCCUACGGCUGUCCUCACUGCGGCAAGCUGUUCCGGAGGAGCUCAGAGCUCACCAAGCACCGGAGGAUCCACACAGGUGAGAAGCCCUAUGAGUGCACCCAGUGUGGCAAGGCCUUCCGCCAGAGCUCCAGCCUGCUGGAGCACACUCGCAUCCACAGCGAUGAGCGGCCUUAUGCCUGUGGCGAGUGCGGCAAGGCAUUCAGGGGGCCUUCUGACCUCAUCAAGCACCGGCGCAUCCACAGCGGACUGAAACCCUAUGAGUGCGACAAGUGUGGCAAGGCAUUCCGAAGGAGCUCAGGCCUGAGCCGCCACAGGCGGAUCCACAGUGCGGCCAGGCACUGUGAGUGCAGUGAGUGUGGUCGUGUGUUCAAGAGGCACUCAGCACUGCAGAAGCACCAGCCCUCCCAUCACCAGUAGACACUGCCCUAGGACCUGCAGCAGGGGUCCACAGAGGCCAUAGCCCAGUCAAAGGAGAUGAACAGUUUUGUAGCGCUUCUUCUAUCUAUUUUGUUGUGUGAGAGGUUGAAAUGAUUUGUACUGCCACCAGCAAUUUAUAAAUGUUCAUGUUUCCCAGUAGACCUAUUGAAAGUGACUUUUACCAUUUUAACAUAGCUUGCCUACUUUUCCUUGCAGAAAAUACCAUCAAGGUAUUUUAAUCCUCAUAUCCAGAACGAGAAGAAAAAAUCUGCAUAUGGGGGUCUAAGUAGGGAGCUGGGGGGUCCUUGCGAAGCUCUACCCCUGAGGGAAAUUCAAUGGCGUCAGAAUGAUGAUGCACCUUUCUUGAAAGGAAAAUUGCCCCGAGGUAUUGGCCUACUUGAAUUUAUAAAAUUUUAGGGAUUGUAAAUAGAUCAAAUAGCAUAAUAUUUAAUUUAUUAAUUUAGUUAUACAUACAUAUUGUAAAUCACAUUAUAUGGACUAAUAUAUUAAUGUAGAGAAUUUACCAUACUUUUUCACCAUACUCCAUUUGUUUCUAACCCUUGAUGUACAUUUUUUGACCUCACCAACAUGGGACCCUGUUUGAGUCAUCAGCCACCUCUAUUUGUGCUGUGACAGCACUGUGUCAACCCCUGCAUGAGGCUUUCACCACAGGUUUCCUCCAAGCCAUAAGAACAUAUUCAUAUAACAUUACAACCAUUACUUUGUGUUUUUAAAUUAGUACUGGACCUACAACAUAAUCACAUAAAGUGCUGCUUUCCCAAAUGGCCUUUUAAAGGGACUUUUUUCUGAGGGGGUGCACUCCUAGUAAAACUUAGUGAGCUAGAGAUAAACCUUUUUUUGGUAUCUCAUUUAGCUAAGCCAAUUUAAUCCAGUGACCCCUACAAACAUCAAAAUCAAACAUCAGUUGAGGUUUAGCUUCACAUGGUAUCAUCUUGUUCAACAUAAAGUGAGAGAGAAGGCCAUCUUCAGGACUUAAAGGUAAAGUGACAUCUUCCUGGAAGAUCCUCAUCUCAUAUCAGGCAUAAAUGGUACUUCUUCAGCCUUCCAUUUGCAGCGGUGAAGUGGGGAGCAGUCACAGUCUCUACCUCCUAAGGUUCUCAAGGAGUGUGCCUUGCUUGCAAGAACAUUGCCCAGCAAGGAGGUCUGCUCAGUGAAAGUCACUUGCUGACAUCCCACAGCUCAUUAGUAUCAGAGAUAAAGAUGGACCCCUCAGGCCUCCUGACUACUAGUCUCAUCUUUCAUGCAAUGAUUUCAAUACUAUUUUCGUUUUCUUGCAUGCCAAUUAUCCAUUCAUCUCCUUUGACUAGUUAUCAAGUUACCUUUGGAUAUAUUGAUUUAGUACUUCUUUCUAUAUCAAUUGGAGUGUUACUUUCCAAUUUUUAUUGCUUUGUUUUUUUUAGUACUUUUAUUACAUUUUUGUUUUAUAGGCUUUGGAUUAUUUUUACGUAUCCUCGAAUUCUUUUUUGUCUGUUAACUCAUGACUUUCAUUGCUUCAGUACUUAGAUAUGAUGAUAUUUUCUUCGAGAAUUUACUUACAAAAGAAAAGUUGAAUCCCUUGCCUACUGAGAAAGUGAACAUAUGGAGUGGGCAGGCUGGCUGGGAGUGGGCCAGAGAAGCAGGCCCAUGCCUCAUCCAAGAUGUAGACUCUGUAAAUGUCUCUGGGCAGCCCUUGACCAUACAACCUGGCCACUGAGGCACACUAGAGACAUGUCCAUCACACAUUGCUCAGAGCACUCUGUGACUGCUCAUCAGCAUAGCCCCAGCCACCAGCACCAGGGCUCAGCUUCACCUAGACCAACAGAAUGGUCCAAAUAUGACCUGGCAGCAGCCAGCCAUCUUUCCAGCUGUCAGGAGCCUUGAUUAUUUUGGAGUCAGUGACUGAGCAGCAGCUCCACUUAAGAAAUAUCUGAGACAUAGAAGACUCACCUGACUGGUGAUGUUAUGUGACCUCCAUCCUCCUCCCAGCAAAUGACUCUGGAAUGAAAGAGAUCAGUUUUGUGGCUUCUGCUUUGGGCAACUAGGAUGAGAAAUUUGCCCAUGUGUGUGGCAUCAUGUCCUGCAACCACAUCUAAGAGGCCUGGGGAGAAACAGCCGUGUUCCUCUAGUAGCCUGUAAGCCGUGCCACAGAAUCUUGAGUACCAGGUCUAGUUCAGGACUUGCAAUAGCCAUGCCCAAGAGGGGCAAUAAAACAGGAUCAGAGGACAAGAAGCCAUUCUGACAGUUCAUGUAGCAUAGAAAUCAAAUCUGAUCCCCCUGCAGUUAGGCUGUUGCUGCGAGCCCCGUUCAGGAGAAACAGCAGGUGAGGAAAAUAGCCACACCAAGGUUGAGCCUGAGUUUCUGGUUGUGUCCUGAGAGGUGUUGGAGGGCCAGAAAAUGUAUCUUAUGACAGCCUCGUGAGGGAGAUUGUGUUCUCCAAGGUGCAUAGCCUGGAAGGGCUCCCUGGGAAGCAAGGUCUGACUGACAAUGACCUCCAUGAUCUUGGUCAGGAGGGCUUCUCUAAUGCCCCCAGGCCACCACAGACUGUAGGCUCAGUUCUGGUGGUUUCUUGUGAAUUGGUCUGGACCCAGUUUUUCUGAUUACUUUUCUCAUAGUGAGCUAUUGGGACGUUUUUAGUACAGCUAUCGUUGGGUAAGGAAUGUUUCUUGCUCAUUCGCUCAUCAUUUGUCAAGGUUGGCGAAAGAUCUUAUUGACGUCUAGAGUAGCACUAACUAAGAAGGUAGCAGAGUGGUCAUGGCCUAGUGCCUGUCAUAGGGCAUGGCAUGUCUUCACAUCCAUUCCUGCCCUCUUAUACUCUUUUCUGUUUGGGUUCUGUAAUUUUUUCUCAAAUGCUUUUUUUUUUCAGAUUCAAAACUAAAAACAAGUGUCUUUUUUUGUGACUAUUAUUGGAUCACCUUUUAAAUGAUGUUGGCAGUGAGAUCCCCUCCAAACGCAACCAGUGUGUGGCUUUAACAUGUGGCCACACGCAUAGUUGCAUCCUUUGCCUUGGGUAAUGUGGAUCCUCUAGGUGUGCUGUUUUGUCCCAUGCAAACGUGAGCAAGCUUCUUGCAGUGUGUGCUUGUCUAUGCAUCCGUGUAUCUACCUCAUUGCACUUUUCUUUCUAAGCACAUGUGUUCUUGAAAGGGGAUGGAGAGCAGCUAGAAUCCUGGCCCCCGAUAGAGAGGUGGCUCCAUCUCUUUACCGUAUUAAGAAAGAAACCCUCCGUGGCUUUUGUUAGUAUUAAAUACUUGCUGAAUUUUUUUAAAAAGCAAAUGUUUACCAUUUUGCUGCUUAUGAAUAACUAUAUCAAUUAGUUGUAUCAUACCCAGUCUUGGAUUUAUAGAGUAAUCCCCACCAGAUCAGUGUGGGCAUCUUUCUCCCAUGAUAUUGCAUUCUCUGUGCUUGAUUUGUGUGCUUGAAGUGGCAUGACACCUGACCUGCCUGCAGUCCUGGGCUGUGGCCCUGUUGUGUGCCACGUGACUUGCCACCCCACUUCUGGACCACAUUAAUUAAACCAACCCCAGACACUUGACCCAAAGGCAGCAACCUUAGCAGUCAGACCUAAUUGGAGAAGAUAGAUUUCUCCUUUUAGUACUGUGAAAUGCAAAAGAGGAAACUGAAGUCUCUGGUUGGUAUUGGACCAUGGAGGAAGGCACAAGGUACUUCAAAGAGUUGCCCCUGUGAGUAGAACCAUAGUGGAGAGCUACAUGUUCCUGCUCUCCUUCUCACAGCUACUUGGGUUCCACCCUAAGGGAGGCCUAGCUCUAGGUUCUUCAUUACUGGCAGCUGCCUGCAUCAGUCUAGUGUGUCCUUACCAUAGACUUCCUCCUCCUCACCUUCAGCCAGCUUGAGUGGGUCUGUGCUUUUUGAAAUUACACAAGAGCCAAUUGGGCUGAGAAGACUUGCAUUGCUGACUUUCCUCACAUUCUACCCACCCGGCAUUCCUGGCCUAAAUCCCAGUUGAUUGACAUGCACACCUGCUUAAAUGUGGAACUGUUUUCUGUUCACUAAGAUGGGUGGAGCUCUAUGCCUUUUAGUCAGUCUCUGGGAUUAACCCAUGAUCUUCUGUAUGAGUAUAGUUCCUUUUCUGAACAGCAUUUGGCUCAUAAGAUGAGCUCACUGGAACCUGUUCUACUCUAUUUUGGAAGUGUUUUACUAUUUCCAGCAAAACCGCUAGAUUAGGGGAUUGAUGACACCUCUAUUCCUAGUGUACUUACAUUCUGUAGUUGGCAUUGUUGCUUUGGAUACUUAAUUUCAAAAUAGAAAUGGUAUCUUUGAACUUGAUCCUCAAUGCUACUUGUGUAUCUCUGAGAAUAGUAGUGUGUCCCUCCAGUUUGUAUUCAGUUUUUGGCAUUCUUGUUCUUCCCCAGUCUUAUUAUCUUGUCUGCUUUAUGGCACUGUCUAUAAUCAGCCUUGCACUAGAGCUGUUUGUGGACUUAGUUUCCCAUCCCCUUUUCUCAGCCUUCCCCAAACUAGUAGAUUGUGAGCUCUUAGAAGACAGGGGCGGUCCUUCAUGUCUAAUCCCCUACCAAAUCUAGCACAGUGCCUUUCAUCUGGUAGAUUUCAAUAAAUAUAUGUUA